UGGACAGCUGCUUUCCUGUGUCAUGUAGAGCCCUGUAUAACCUCUACAUGGUUUUUACUUGUUUAACAUGGAACUUUGUUCGACGGUUUCGGACAAAACAUGGAGCAGUACGAGCAGGUCCUGUGUUUGGGCCAUGGUGGAGCAGCUGAUGUGUUCCUGAUGAGGCAUGUGGAGCGGAAGAGCCUGCACGCAGUGAAGAGGGUGAAAGUGGAGGAGACGAGAGAGGCUAAAACCCAGAGGGCUGUUUUCCAAGAGGCUGACAUCAUCAGGAAGCUGGAGCACCCUAACAUAGUGACAUGCAGCGACGCCUUUGUGAGCCCCGACGGUGGAUUCAUUUACAUUGUGAUGACUUACUGUGAUGCCGGGACGUUAGAUGACAAAAUAAAAGAGAGGAAACCAGGGGAGCUAUUCACAGAGGACACUGCGAUGGGGUGGUUUGUGCAGGUGACCACGGCUGUACAUUUUAUACACAUGGCUAAAAUACUACACAGGGACAUCAAAACCUCAAAUGUACUGCUGACAAAGCAAGGUGUAGUAAAGUUAGGGGACUUCGGGAUAUCCAGAGUACUGACCAACACAGCUGAUCUGGCCUCCACAUGUGUCGGGACGCCCAGCUACCUCAGUCCUGAGCUCUGUCAGGAUGUCCCCUACAGCUCCAAGUCCGAUAUCUGGGCUCUCGGCUGUCUGCUGUACGAGCUCUGUGCUCUCAGGCCUCCAUUUGCAGCCUCAAACCUCAUGAGUCUGUUAUACAAGAUCACCAGAGGGGAGUAUGACCCCGUGCCUGACGUGUUCUCAGAUGACAUCUCCUCUCUGAUAAAAGGGAUGCUCAGCCUUGACCCAGAAAGCAGGCCGAGUGCUGGCUGUGUACUUAGCAGCGCCUAUGUGAAGAUUCACCAAGAAAACAUCAAAGACACAGAGACUGACUCUGCUCCUGUGGGGAAGAGCUGUGACAUUAAUACAGGUGGAAAAAACUCCUCACUCGGGUCACAGAUCCUCAGCCAACCACUCUUAUGGGAAGAGAAAGAACACACUAUCAGUGAUGAGGAGGCGAAUUGUGAUGAUUUGUGUGUCGAAGGAAAGAACCACUGUGACUGCCACUAUCCUGAGGACUUUGAUGAAGAUGACAGUUUGUCCUCUGUAGAGGACUGCAGCGGAGACUCAGGGUCUCUGAUGAGGAGCGAUUCUGCCGAGCCCACUGGUAAUGUAGUGCUGGACACAUACACUGAAACAUCUUUUAAACGUGGUUAA